CACCUGCUGCACGAAGCACGGUUACGCGGCAUGCUGUUUCGGCUCCGGAGUGGGUUUGCGGCGUCUCUCGGAACAUCAGGAUAUCUCCAGUCUCGGCAAUGAAUGGACACGCUGUCCCAUCAGGUGACCCCCUGCGCCCCAGUGGGUGGAACGAGUUCUGCGAGCGGCAUGCCAUCACCACCGCCAGAGAGCUGGCCAGGAAGUACCUCCACUUUGUCAGUGAGAACCCCCAGCAUGAAGUCUUGGCAGCCGAGAACUUCUCCGUGCAGUUUGCUGACCUCUUCCAACAGUAUUUCCGCAAUGAGGUGAAGGAUAAUUUUACUAUGAAUCCGUUCCGUAUCCUGCCCUUCAGCAGAGUGCGAGACUACAGGGAGACUGGCCAGAAGCAUGCGGAGGGCUCCGCGGGCACGGUUGGGACCAAGGUUGAGGUGGAAUUGUCGGACCAGGUGGACCGGGGAUCUGAGGCCCGGCCCCGUGGGCUUCCCAAGUCCUGGAGUUCUGAAGAACUUGCAGGACCCACUUCUUCGUCAGCUGUCAGGAGACAUUUUUCCCUGGACCGGCUAAGGAGGAGCUGGCGUAGUUUGUUCCGUCGGAGAUCCUCAGAGCCGGCCCCUGGCGAAGGGGAAAUGGCGGACUUGGUUUUGAAAUCUGGCCUUGCCCGAAAGUUCUUCCCUUGGACUGUCUCACAAGAUCUCUCAUCUCAAGUCCAGAAAGAGGGUAAUCUGAAAUACAUGAUGGUGAUGGAGGACAGUGGGACCCGCUGGCAGAAAUGCCGGCUAGUUUUGUACAAAGAAGGGCCUUCGGACCGCCAGAAUUACGCCUUGGCAUUGUUUGAUCCCCCCAAGGUAAGCCAUCUCUGUUUUUGA